GCAGCUAGUGAAAACGGUAUGCAAGAGUUGAAUGACAACAGUCUUGAGCACAUUUCCAACGCAAAACGAAGAAAAAUCAACACGGAUGAUUCAAGACACAAAGCUGCUCUUAUUCUUGCCCGUGGAGGGAGUAAAGGCAUCCCUCUGAAGAACAUCAAGAUGCUGGCAGGAGUUCCUUUGAUCGGAUGGGUGAUCAGAGCAGCGCUGGACUCUGGGGUGUUUGACAGUGUUUGGGUGUCCACUGAUCAUGAUGAGAUCGCGAGAGUGGCCAGGGCUUGGGGGGCUCAAGUGCACAGGAGGAGUCCAGAGGUGUCCAAAGACUCCUCUAGCUCACUGGACACCAUCCGGGAGUUCAGCAGACUAAACCCAGGUGUUGACGUCAUCUGUAACAUCCAGGCCACGUCUCCAUGUCUGCACCCUCACCAUCUCAAAGAGGCUGUGGAGUGCAUCACCAAAGAAGGGUGUGAUUCAGUCUUUUCUGUGGUCCGGCGACACCAUUUCCGAUGGCAAGAGGUCAAGAACGAAGGCUGCCAAUGUACUGAGCCGUUGAACCUGAACCCAGCUUGCAGGCUGCGGCGUCAGGACUGGGAAGGAGAACUGUGCGAAAAUGGCUCUUUUUACUUCGCUACCAAAGAACUUGUAAAAAACGGGCUUCUUCAGGGUGGAAAAAUGAAGUACUUUGAGAUGAAGCCCGAGUACAGUGUGGAUAUUGAUGUUGACAUAGACUGGCCCGUAGCUGAACAGAGAGUGCUGAGGUUUGGUUACUUCGGUAAGGACAAACCUGAAGUUGUGAAGCUUCUGCUGUGUAACUUGUCAGGAUGUCUGACAGACGGUCAGAUCUACAUCUCAGCAAAUGGAGAGGAGAUGGUGUCUAUCAACACCAGAGACCAGGCCGGUAUCGACAUGCUGAAGAAAGAGCAAGUGAAGGUUAUUAUGAUAGAAAAAGACCCCAUAGCAAAAGCCUUAGCUGACAAGCUCUCACAGAGAAUGAGCUGUCUGAUCCUGCAGGAUGUGGACGACAAACUGGAGAAGGUGCAGGAGCUCAUGGAGGAAGAAGGGCUGGAGUGGAAAGAGGUGGCAUAUUUAGGAAACGAUGAGCCGGAUGUAAAGUGCCUGGAACUGGCAGGGUUGAGCGCAGUACCUGUGGGCCCAACGGUCGCGCUCAACCAUGCCAAAUACAUCUGCCGCAAUGCAGCGGGUCACGGAGCCGUGCGAGAGUUUGCCGAACACAUCCUACUGCUGAAAAAGAAGGCCAAGUCUCAGAUGGAGCAGGAUAGAAUUUGCAGAAACACAUUUUAGGAGAGAUAGAUGGGCAAGAUUAUGAAAAGCAAAUCAGAAAUCUUGAAUAUAACUGUCCGAGGAAGGCUGUGAAAUCCCCUGCCUAACGGCAGUUCCGUCCGUGUUUUGACUUCAUUAAAUCAGUUUUGCCAAAUAAAAACAACGUGAUAAUUUUUCAUGAGUCCAACAAAGAAAACAUGCAAUCUACAUAAGACGUGGUCAAUAAGGGAAGCCUUCUUUCACUAGGCCUAUUGUAAUGUUGUAAAAUAGAGAAAAAUUUUUUAGUAACUAAUAGCUUAUUCUUAACCUUGGACCUUAUUCUUGAAACACUAAAUGGCCCAUAAAAAAAGUGUCAAGCACCAAAAGCAGCCCAUAAAUCUAUAAGUUGUCUUUAAUUGAGCCGCCGUCAGAAUGAGAGCCCAAACAGCUGUUAAAAACAUCA